GCAGGCCGGGGACCUUGCUAAGGAGACGGGUUUGUUUACGGCCAUCGCGUCUUCCCCCUGCUGUGGUCUGCGCAGCGUCCGGGGCGGUUGGGGCCAGAACCGCCGACGAACGGGAGAGUCAUGCCUGUUAAGGGGUUGAGUGAGUACAGGAGGAACUUCAAGUGGAAAAAAGCAGAUCAGUCCAAACUUUGUAUUCCCAUGCAUGAGCAAAAAUGCCAAUGGGCUGGACUUCGAUCAGAUCAACUUGGAAUUGCAAGAGAACCAAAUUUUAUUUCCAAGAGAAGAGUGCCAUAUUACAGCACACAGAUUUCAAAGUCAUUUGAGUGGAACAGGGAUAAUGAUUGCGAAAAAUUAUCAGAAUGUGAAGCUCCUCCACCAGUGGAGUUGCAUACAAAUCACAGCAAAGAUGAUGCAAUCCAGGAAAACAUUAAGACACCUGAUGCUCCCAGACUUCCUGAAAAAAUGCAUCCUAACUCUGCAAGUUCUAGACCGGAACCAACUGAAGUUCUUUCAGAAAACAAGAAGAAGUUAUCUCCCAAAACUCCAGCGCAUGAAAAUGGAAUAUUAGCACCUACAGAAAAGGACUUAGGAAAAAUAGACAAUGGGCUUAAGAGAGUCUUGCAGAGGAAAGCAGGGAUGAAUAUUUUACGAUCAAGUAGCUUCCCAAGAAGUUCUGAGUAUCAAAGACAAUUUAUUUGGAAGACCCCUCAGAAAAUCUCUCCAAUCCUUGCAGCGGAUCAGGUUAUUCACAAUGCAAGUAAAUCCAUUCCUCCAUACAAGUCUCCUGCCAUUAUUCCUGAAACUGAAUAUGAACGCUGUUUUAAAGCUUCUCCCCCUAUGAAAGAACUGAAAGAAAAAAGUCAUUUGGAAGAGAAAGAACAUCCUAUUUUUGAUCCUGCAGAAUCAUCUCCUGGAGAAAAGAAAGAGAAAAAAGAAUCACUUUCAAAGAUUCAAGAUCUACCAAAAGAAAGCAAAUCAGAAACAGAACAGAAACAAAAACAUAAACCACACUGCUUACAUGGAAGUUUUAGGAACAUGAACACCGAAUACAGAUCAAAAUUUUUGUCUCCUACUCAGUACAUAUACAAAGAUGGAGCUUGGUUGCGAAUCAGGAGAAACAUACCUAGUCAAGGUUCUCGAAACACCCUAAAUUACAUGUGGUAUAUGGAGGUAAAAGAACUGCGAGAGAAAGCAGAGACUUACAGGCAGAGGAUACGAGGAACCCACUUCUCCAGAGACCAUUUAAACCAGAUUCUGUCUGAUAACAACAGACUUUGGGAUUUGUCUUCUGAAUCAAGUACGGAAGAAGCCAUUAGCAACAAUGUCAGAGCUCUAGAUCUGGCUGGGGUGUCUGAGAAGCAAAUUUCUCCAGGUCCUAAGGCAUUGCCACAGCCUGAAAUGUCAGAACAGCUAACCAAAUACAACACUGAGAAAUUGGGUCUAUCAGAUGCUGUUACUGUUCCAGUCAAACGACGCCUAGUUUGGGGUGAACCAAGCACUCCUGAGAAACUGGAAGAUCUGCCACUGGAAGAAGGAGAAGAAAAAUCAAAUAAACAGGAAUUAGAAAAGUUUGAAAAAGGAAACAGUAAGGAUAGCAAUAUAAAUAACCAGCAAGUAGUAAAUGUGUCACUUGUGAGUCCCUCAGGUGUUAACUCAGAUUGUUCUUCAGUGUCUUCAAGAAAAGGUGGCAGAGUUUCUACUCCAGAGCUAAGAGUUCUUGGUGGAGCCCAAAGAACACAUCAUGACCUGACCACACCUGCUGCUGGAGGUGCUGUUUUGGUAUCGCCUCCCAAAAUAAAGGCUUCAUCCUCAGUGCAAAUAAAGAAGAGGCCUUCAGACAAUCCGGAUGAGAUAAAAGCUGCACUGCUGCCUUCUUCCUCAGCUGCUGGAAUAAAACCUCAGGAUACUUCACUACUACAGAAAGAUCAGUCUCCUAGACUAGCUCUUUGUUGUACAAGAAAUCCUCCAACUACAAUUCAUUCACAGCAUACACCUAUAGUGCCUGCAUUAAAGACAGCAAAGGACUCAGCUUCAUCCUACUGGAGUCCAUCACGCCGAAUUCAAGGAACUCUCAGGGAUCCAGAGUUUCAGCAUAAUGGAAAUGUGGCAAGCCCAAAAAGGAGCUGGCUGCAAUUACCUCUCCAGGAGAGAAACUAUAAUGAUGAAGAUGAUAGAUUGUCCCAGAUCUCUGCUCGGUCAGCUGCUUCUAGUUCCCUGGCAUCUCAAGUUCUAGAGCGAGCUCGAAGAAGAAAAGAGAACUUCUGGGGCAAGAUGUGAUGUGUUCUGCUACAUUUGGAAAUUAUUUUCAGUUGGAAAUUUUAAUACCACUUUGAACAAAUUUAGUUGUAUUAGAUGUGAUAUGGGAAUGCAGAAAAGUUGGAUUGAGCUCUACCUCACUAUACUGUUUUUCAGCUAUGAUACAGAAUGGUUGUGGUGGGUUUUUCGGACUGUGUGGCCAUGAUCUGGUGGAUCUUGUUCCUAACGUUUGGCCUGCAUCUGUGGCUGGCAUCUUCAGAGGUG